UUUGAGAAAUGGUCAAAAUCAUCGGCUGGCGCCCUAGCAUUCGAAGAUCGCUCUCCGGCACGCCAGGAUGCUCGCAAAAGUAUUGCGCAUCUUGAUAUCCUGUUUGCAAAAUAUGCACAUGGCGAUAAGGAAUCGUUUGAUGGACUGGGCGGUAUAGUGGCUCAUUCUGGAUACCCCAAAGAAGGCAUCAUACAUUUCGAUGGGUCCGAGUUCUGGUCAGUGAACGGACGUCGCGGACUCGACCUCCGAUAUGUUCGCUUUACUUUACUCCCAUUUCCUGUAGCACUUCACGAAAUCGGGCACGCGCUGGGCCUCAGACAUUCAAGGGAUCCGAGAGCUGUCAUGAAUCCCUACUACCGGUUCAUACAUUGA